ACUUGAGCAACUUUGGUGGUUGCACUCUCACCUGAUUUUUGCGUCCUCACUCUCUCUCUCUCACAUCUUUGCUACCCCAGUAGAUGAACCCUACUAAAUUUUCAUUUUUUUUUAUUUUCAUGUAAUCCUUUUACAGUCUCAGAUCCUUAAAGUUUUCUUGAAUUUGUUCUUGCUACCUGUUUGAUUUUCCCUCAAAGUUUCAAACUUUUAAGGCAAUUUCAACAAGAUUCCCUUUUUUGAGGUAAGGGAGUUAAAGGGUGUUCUUUUUUUAUUUAUUGGAACUUAAUCUGUUGGAUGUUCUUGAUUUUUAGAUGGGUUUUGGUUGUUAAGGUGUUUGAUUUGCUCAAACAAAAAAAAAAAAAUCAUUUCUUGAAGUAAGGGAGUUAAACAGCAGGGUAUCUCUUCUGAUUGGAAACUGAUAAGUUCUUUGUUUUUUUGGGAUGUGUAUUGAGUUGUUUAGGGGUUUGAUUAAGUUUCCAGUUUUAAGGCUGUUUGAGUACAAAUUUCCCCCUUGUUGAGGUAAAGGAUUAUAGGGUUUUCCUUUGAAUUGUGUCUGAGAAGUUUUUGUAUGGAUUUUGGGUUUCUGUAGGCAUAUAUUCUUGAAUUUGAUGGAGGGUUUCAGUUGUACCUGAGAAGUUUCUGUUUGGAUUUUGGGUUGCUGUAGGCAUAUUGCUUGAAUUUGAUAAAGGUUGUCAAUUGUAUGUGAGAAGUUUCUGUUUGGAUUUUGGGUUGUUGUAGGCAUAUUUUCUUGAAUUAGAUAAAGGGAUUUUGCCUGUAUCUGAGAUUGAUUUUUUGAAUUAGAUUUUUGUGAUGGUAUAAAUAUGAUGGAGAAACUUGUUCAUCUAGUUGCUAGAAAUAAAGUGUUAAUUUGGAGUUAAAAUGGAUCGAAAUUGAUCAAGAAAACGUUGUGCUUGGAAUUUGAACUUAGACUCUCUCUAGGUAUUAGUGUGUUGUAGUAGUAGACACUUGGUUUGUUGUGCUUCAAUGGAUGACAUUGAGGAUAAUGGGAGAUAUCCACCCAACCCUUAUGGCUUGAACCAGGGUUAUGAGUCAACCAAUUGCCAGAAGCUUUCUGUUCACGACACUUCUUAUUCAAGGCAUGUCGACAAUCAGUAUGUGGAGGAGGCGGAUGAUGAUGAAGAAGUUGAUGAUGAAGAAGUUGAUGGCGAAGAAGAAGAAGAAGAUGAUGAUGGCGAAGAAAAUGGUGUCCAGCGGAUAGGGAAAGAUGUGUUUGAUGACGAUGAUGAUGAUGAUGAGUAUGGAGAUUCACAGAGGCAUCAAAAGAAGAGGAAGUUAAAGAGCUUGUUAUCAAGUUAUGAGUUUGCACCUCGAGUACCACCACCAUCUACUACAGCAGCAACCGCUCCUAAGCCUUCAUUUGGUGGUAGGAAUCCACUUUCAGAUUGGUCUGAACAUGAGACAUUCAUUUUGCUUGAUGCUUGGGGUACUAGGUUUGUUCGACAUGGGAGGAAGAGUCUUCGAUCAGAGGAAUGGCAAGAAGUUGCAGAGAGAGUGUCACGGGGGUCCAAACUUGAGAGGACAGACACCCAAUGUCGUAACCGUUUGGAUACUCUGAAAAAGAAAUACAAAAAGGAGAAGGUGAAGUUUGCAGAGACUAGCAGUACCACUAGCAAGUGGGUGUACUUCAAAAAGAUGGACAUGUUACUAACAUCAACUCCCCAGAAAACUGGUGUUUCAUGUGGAAUGGACUCUGGAGAGUAUGUUUUCAUGAGCCCAAAAACUUAUCUGAAUCGUGCUAAUGGCUUGGAUGAGAUGAGGGACAGUCCUGCUAACUCAGAAUCUGCUGAUGGUGAGGAGGAUGGUUCAGAGGAUCUUCCACCAAAAAGAUCAAGAAAUGUACAACCAGGUGGGAAUGGGAAUGGGAAUGGACAUUCCCAUUUCAAAUUAAUUGCAGAUUCUAUCCAUAAAUUUAGUGAGAUAUAUGUGAAGAUUGAGAAUAGCAAGAGACAGCAAAUGAUGGAACUGGAGAAAAUGAGGAUGGACUUCCACAGAGAAUUGGAACUCCAAAAGAGGCAGAUUAUGGAGAGAGCUCAGGCAGAAAUUGCAAGAAUACGUCAAGGAAAUGAUGAAGAGAACGACAUGUCUGCUGAAAAUGUUAGUGGAUGAUUAGCCAGAUUAUCUCUCUAUUCGUUCUAUGUUGGCUAUUUUCCAUUGUUGUAUUAUAUCUUGCAUUUUAGUUUCUCACCAUUGAUGGCUAUAUGCAAGACAACUUAAUGUGAUGUAAGAAUGUAUCUGGUUGUAGUUUCAGCAGUCAAUAAUAACAUUAUGGAGAUC